GAGCCGACGCGGAGCGACAUGAGCGCAGCCACGGCAACCGGGGCACCCCUGCCCCGGCUCUGCUGCCUGGAGAAGGGCCCAAACGGCUACGGCUUUCACCUGCAUGGGGAGAAGGGCAAGGUGGGUCAGUUCAUCCGACUUGUGGAGCCCGGCUCGCCGGCUGAGAAGGCGGGGUUGCUGGCCGGGGACCGGCUGGUGGAGGUGAACGGCGAGAACGUGGAGAAGGAGACCCACCAGCAGGUGGUGAACCGUAUCCGCUCCGCUCUCAACUCCGUGCGUCUGCUGGUGGUCGACCCGGACACGGACGAACAGCUGCAGAAGUUGGGCGUCCCGGUGCGCGAGGAGCUGCUGCGCGCCCCGGAGAGAUCCGGGCCGGCCGAGGCGGCGGCCGCUACCGAGGCGCCGGGGGAUGGUGGCGAGAGUGAGCCUCGCGAGGCCGAGAAGAGCCAAACGGAGCAGCAGCAUGAGCUGCGACCUCGGCUCUGUGCCAUGAAGAAGGGCCCCAGCGGUUACGGCUUCAACCUACACAGUGACAAGUCCAAGCCUGGCCAGUUCAUCCGGGCAGUGGACCCAGACUCACCGGCCGAGGCCUCAGGACUCCGGGCCCAGGACCGAAUCGUGGAGGUCAAUGGGAUCUGCAUGGAGGACAAGCAGCAUGGGGAUGUGGUGUCUGCCAUCAAGGCCGGUGGGGAUGAGACCAAGCUGCUGGUGGUGGACAGGGAAACAGACGAGUUCUUCAAAAAAUGCCGAGUGACCCCGUCUCAGGAGCACCUGGAUGGUCCCUUGCCUGAGCCCUUUACCAAUGGGGAACUACAGAAGGAGAACAGUCAAGAAGUGGUGGUGGGGGCAGCCUCGGAGAGCCCCAAGCCCACCCUGGCAAGAUCCACCUCCAGCGACACCAGUGAGGAGCUGAAUUCCCAGGACAUCCCCAGGAAACAAGACUCCACGGCGCCCUCCUCUGCCUCCUCCUCCUCAGACCCGAUGCUGGACUUCAACAUCUCCCUGGCUGUGGCCAAGGAGAGGGCACGCCAGAAACGCAGCAGCAAGCAGGCCCCACAGAUGGACUGGAGCAAGAAAAACGAACUCUUCAGCAACCUCUGA